CUUCUGGAGCUGGGUCCUGACUAGGGAGUGCCUGGGUGAGGUGAGGACCUGGUGGCCGCAGUUGUGGCACUGUGCGCAGGCGCGGAACUGACCGGACCGAGCGGGCGGCUGUGGCCUCGCCAGCUGGUGAGAAGCGGGCGAGGGUCCGAGGUAGGGAAGGGAACGAGCGGGGAAUGUGGACACCUCUUUCCCCGCCAGGCCUCGCCGGCGUCUGACCCUCCCGGCCUGCGGCACCGACUCAGGUGACUGGGCGGAGAGCUGAGGUUUAAAAAUAUCCUUUUUUGCUGAAGGAACACAUUUGCUGGUAUAGUUUCAGAAUGUCAAGUACUGUGUCCUACUGGAUCUUAAAUUCUGCAAGGAACAGCAUUGCCACAUUGCAAGGGGGCAGACGCUUAUACUCCAGGUAUAUCUCAAAUAGGAAUAAAUUAAAAUGGAGGCUCUUUUCCCGGGUGCCACCCACCCUAAACAGUUCCCCGUGUGGUGGCUUUAGUCUGUGCAAAGCCUACAGACACACAUCAACAGAGGAAGAUGAUUUUCACUUGCAACUCAGCCCUGAGCAGAUAAAUGAAGUGCUUCGAGCUGGUGAGUCAACCCACAAGAUUCUUGACCUUGAAAGCAGAGUCCCAAAUUCAGUGUUGCGGUUUGAGAGCAACCAGCUGGCUGCCAAUUCCCCAGUGGAGGACCGGCGAGGUGUAGCCUCCUGCCUGCAAACCAAUGGACUGAUGUUUGGCAUCUUCGAUGGACAUGGCGGUCAUGCAUGUGCCCAAGCAGUGAGCGAGAGGCUCUUCUACUAUGUGGCAGUGUCCCUGAUGUCCCACCAGACCCUGGAGCACAUGGAGGGAGCUAUGGAAAGCAUGAAACCCUUGCUGCCCAUCUUGCAUUGGCUCAAGCACCCAGGGGACAGUAUCUACAAGGAUGUCACAUCUGUGCAUCUUGACCACCUCCGUGUCUAUUGGCAGGAACUGCUUGACUUGCACAUGGAAAUGGGACUAAGCAUUGAAGAAGCAUUAAUGUACUCCUUCCAGAGACUGGAUUCUGACAUCUCGCUGGAAAUCCAGGCCCCGCUGGAAGAUGAGGUGACAAAGAACCUGUCACUCCAGGUUGCUUUCUCUGGGGCAACAGCUUGCAUGGCCCAUGUUGAUGGAAUUCACUUGCACGUGGCAAAUGCUGGUGACUGCCGAGCCAUCCUUGGUGUCCAGGAGGACAAUGGCAUGUGGUCUUGUCUGCCCCUUACACGUGACCACAAUGCCUGGAACCAGGCCGAGCUGUCCCGGCUAAAGAGGGAGCACCCUGAGUCAGAGGACAGGACGAUCAUCAUGGAGGACAGGCUGCUGGGCGUCCUCAUCCCCUGCAGGGCCUUUGGGGAUGUUCAGCUGAAGUGGAGUAAAGAGUUGCAGCGCAGCAUCCUGGAGAGGGGCUUCAAUACCGAGGCCCUCAACAUUUACCAGUUCACACCCCCACACUACUACACUCCACCCUACCUGACUGCUGAACCUGAGGUCACAUACCACAGGCUGAGGCCCCAGGAUAAGUUCCUUGUGCUGGCCUCAGAUGGCCUGUGGGACAUGCUGAGCAAUGAGGACGUGGUAAGGCUGGUGGUGGGGCACCUGGCUGAGGCAGAUUGGCACAAGACAGACCUGGCCCAGAGACCCGCCAACUUAGGGCUCAUGCAGAGCCUGCUGCUGCAGAGGAAAGCCAGCGGGCUCCACGAGGCUGACCAAAAUGCAGCCACGCGGCUGAUCAGACAUGCCAUCGGGAACAAUGAGUAUGGGGAGAUGGAGGCAGAGCGGCUGGCGGCGAUGCUGACAUUGCCAGAGGACUUGGCGAGGAUGUACAGGGAUGAUAUCACUGUCACUGUGGUGUAUUUUAACUCAGAAUCAAUCGGUGCAUAUUACAAGGGGGGUUAAGAAUCUCCCAUCCUAUUGUCAAGGUUAACAUAAAUGCUCUUCUAAAACGUUUCACUUACUCCUAAACUAGCUAUCCAAACCUUGCUAUUAAAGGCGCAGGCAGAUUUAAUUUGCUAAAUAGACUAACAGGAGGAAAAAAACAAACAGCCUAGCUUUAAAAAACAGUGAAAUAGCAGUGAUUUCAUGUCCCUGUAUGUUCUGAUUAAGUCUUAUAUGCAGAGAGGACAGAGCAUAAAGUCUGUAGAAUUGGCUUGGGCUUGUGUAGCCCAAGUCAUUUGAUAAAGAUGUUGUUAAACUGUGUCAGCCUGAGCCUUCAAAGGGUAAAUUUAAUCAUGAUUCUGAGAAUAAAGAACUUCAGGAGCUUCUUAGGUCUUGCCACAAAAAUCUGCAAAUUUGAUAAUUCUCCUGAAUUCACAAUCAUGGACUUCUAGACUAUGAAGAGCUAUUUUAUUUGUUUGUCUUUUAUUUAAAUUACUAAGGCCUAGGUUUACAAAGCAUACUACAGGACACUUUUCUAUGCAAUAUCCUAACUUUUUUUUUGUGAUUAUGCUUGUGAGAAAUUUUGUAAUACUACAUUCUAGUUCUGUUUUCGUUUAUUUUAAAACUGAAUCCUUAAACUUGCAAACACGCCUACUGUAAGCAUGCUUGGAAUGACUUGUUUUGGUUUUCAGCUGAUAGGAUCUAUGCCUCUGGACCAGCUGAAUUUACUGGUGCAGCUUUUUGUCCCCUCUACUGAGUCCCAUUCCAGAAACUUUGAGCCAUGCUAGGAGGUAACUAGUCUAUGCCUUAACUCCUGACCUUUCCUGCAUUAGUAAAAUUUCCUCCUGGGCUGAGCCUUUGGGGGUUGAUUCAUAGCAUUAAACUUUCUGAUUAUACCUCUCAAACAUUCGUCUGUCAAUUCCACACAAUCCUUCUACCUCUGCUAUGCUGAACCCCUCAUUCACCCUGCACCUGCCAACUGCAAAAUACCGUCUGAAAGAAUCUUUCACAUGUUCCUGCUUCCUAUGGCUGCAGGAAAGGAGAAAAUGUGAUUGCAUGUGGUAGUUGUGGUGUUAGAUGUUUAGACAGGACACGUUAAUUUAGCGGAUUGUGGACUUAAGAUUCAACCUCUAUCUGGAGAGGUGAAAAUACAGAGGCUUAAAGACAACAGUUUCUAACCAAGGUUCUCUGAAUCCUUUCCUGAGAGGUGGUGUGGAGGAAGGAGGAGUGAGACUUAUCAGAUGGGAUGCUUGCCCCAAGACUGUGGGAUAAACCACCAUUGCUAGUCCUCAGGAAUUAGACCAUAUUUAGUAUAGGAGUUGGGGCAAAAAUAAAAGUGUAAUUUGUAAUGGUUUCUGUGGGCUGUAGACUCUUUGUAUUUACUUGGAAAUUCAGUCAUGUGGAUCCAUUUUGGAGAUGAAUUUCAUCUCAUGAGUUGCUGUGGCAUUUAAACAACAGGAAAUGUGUCCCUAAAUGGAAACAAAUAUAAUCCCACAAAACCAACAAUUUUAUUUGCCUCUACUACAUCAGGCAGAAUUCUUCAAUUAAGCUGAACUACAUUUGUUGAUCCCUUUUCUCACCUUACCCCUUUAUGCCACCUACUGAAAAGAAAAGCAAAUAGCUGGGUUUGGUUUCCUGUUUUUUGUCUAUGUCCCAGCUGACAUUCAGUCAAAUGUUGGGAUACUUCUAAUUUGGUGGUGUUUCUCUGUACAUUUUUCAGUGCAACUGUUUAGUCAUGUGUUUUCAUCUAAGAAAUUAUAUUUUGAAUAUUUAAGCCUUGA